AUGAAAUCCCAGAGGAGAACCACUUUGUGCUUCAUGUUUGCUGUGAUUUAUUCUUCCCAAGCGACACUGAACUUAGAGUCUGCUGUCCAUCCUUUGAUUCUCCAGGAACAUGAACUAACUGCUGUAGAACCACUAAGGCAAAAACGAGCAGUUGCCACAAGUGGUCCCGCCAUGGAAGAGUACACUGUUGAUAUUGAGAUCAGUUUUGAAAACACAUCCUUCGUGGAGUCUAUCAGAGCUCGCUUGAACAGCCUCAGUUUUCCAAUUCAAGGAAACAACACUGACCCAGCUACUGAUAUUUUAAGCAUAGAGCUGACAACUGUAUGCAGGCCUACUGGAAAUGAGAUCUGGUGCUCCUGCGAGACAGGCUAUGGGUGGCCUCAGGAAAGGUGCCUCCACAGUCCCACUUGUCAAGAGCAAGGCAGCUCUCUCCCAGGGCACCGCUGCAGUUGCCUUAGGGGACUUCCUUCAAAGGGACCUUUCUGCCAGCUCCAGGGAGAUGUUACCCUGAGAAUGAAGGUCAGACUAAAUGUGGAAUUUCCAGCAGACCUUAAGAACACAUCCUCUGCCCUCUAUAGGUCCUACAAGACCGACCUGGAAAGAGCGUUCCAGGAGGGUUACAGAAUUUUACCAGGCUUCAAAUCGGUGACUGUGACAGAGUUCACCAAGGGCAGUGUGAGUGUGUCAUAUGAAGUCCAGAGUAAAACACCACCACCUGGAUUAAUUCAGAAAGCCAACGAGCAAGUCAUGCAGACUCUUAAUCAGACCUACAAAAUGGACUACAGUUCCUUUCAAGGGGUGCCUAGUAAUGAAACUAAGUUCACUGUCAUACCAGAAAUCAUCUUUGAAGGGGACACAGUAACCCUGGAAUGUGAAAAUGAAGUUUUGUCCUCCAAUGUGUCUUGGUACCGGGGAGAAAGACACAUCCAGAACAACAGCAGAUUCUCCAUUUACACCUCGAUGCCCAACAACAUAACCUCAGUAUCACGCCUCACCAUCCACAACAUCACUCAGGGUGACGCGGGUGAAUAUCUUUGCAAACUGAUAUUGGAUAUUUUCGAGUAUGAGGCUAAAAAAAAAAUAGAUGUGCUACCCAUCCGAAUUUUGGCAAAAAAAGAAAUGAAGGUGAUGUGCGACAACAAUCCUGUAUCUCUGAACUGUUGCAGUGAGAGUAACGUAAAUUGGAGCACAGUAGAAUGGAAGCAGGAAGGAAAAAUAAGCAUUCUAGGAAACACAGAAACAAACCUAGAUUCUAAAUGCAGCAGAUUCACCCUCAAGGCUAAUGGAACCCAGUGCCCAAGUGGGUCAUCUGGAACAACAGUCAUCUACACUUGUGAGUUCAUCGGCGUACAUGGAGCCAGAGGCAGUAAGAAUAUAGACGUGACAUUCACCUCUGUGGCCAACCUGACCAUAACCCCGGACCUAAUUUCUGUUUCUGAGGGACAAAGCUUUUCCAUAAAAUGCACCAGCGAUGUGAGUAACUACGAUGAGGUAUAUUGGAACACUUCCGCUGGAAUCAAAAUAUAUGAAAGGUUUUAUACCACGAGGAGGUAUCUUAAUGGAGCAGAGUCAGUGCUGACGGUGAAGACCUCGACCAGGGAGUGGAACGGAACCUAUCACUGCAUAUUUAGAUACAAGAACUCAUACAGUGUUGCAACCAAAGAUGUCACUGUUCACCCGCUGCCUCUAGAGGCCAACAUCAUGAUUGAUCCUUUGGAAGCUAGUUUCUUAUGUGGAGACUCCCAUUCCUUCAAGUGCUGCAUUGAGGAGGAUAUUGACUACAAAGUCACAUUCCAGAUUGAUUCCUUGUCCUUUCCAGCAGCAAAAGAAGUUAAUGGGAAACAAGUGUGCUACAAAUACAGUUUCAACACAAGCUCAGUUUCCUCGUGUUCAAGAAAUGUUGAUGUGUUUUGUCACUUUACCAAUGCUGCUAAUAAUUCAGUCCAGAGCCCAUCCAUGAAGCUCUCUCUGGUUCCUGAGAAGAAUAUCACAUGCCGGGAUCCCACAAUAGGUGUCGGGCAUCCAGGAAAGGUCAUCCAGAAGCUAUGCCAGUUCUCCAACGUUCCCAGCAGCCCUGACCGUACCAUUGGAGGGACCAUCACUUACAUCUGUGCAGGCUCGAGGUGGAAGGUGAAGAGAAAAGACUGCAUCUCUGCCCCAAUAAAUAGCCUGCUCCAGUUGGCCAAGGCUUUGAUCAAGAGCCCCUCUCAGGAUGAAAAGCUCCCUGCCUACCUAAAGGAUCUUUCUACUAGCACAGGCAAGGAGGAACAGGAAAUCAGCUCAUCACCAGGGAGCCUGGGAGCCAUUAUUAACAUCCUUGAUUUGCUUUCAACAGUUCCAACCCAAGUGAAUCCAGAGAUGAUGAAGGAUGUGCUGUCUACUGUGAACAUCAUCCUCAGUAAGUCUGUCUUGAGCACCUGGAAGGUUUUACAGCAGCAGAAGACCAACCAGAGCUCCCAGCUACUGUACUCAGUGGAAAGGUUUUCCCAAGCCUUACAAUCUGGAGAUAACACCCCAUCGUUCCUCUCCCACCCCAAUGUACAGAUGAAGAGCAUGGUGAUAAAAUCUGGCCAGACGAAUAUCUACCAACAGAAUUUUAUUUUUGCAGACUCUGACCUCUGGGGCAACGUGGCCAUUGAUGAGUGCCAGCUGGGACACUUGCAGCCGGAUUCAUCUAUUGUCACGGUGGCUUUCCCAACACUCCAUGCUAUCCUUGCUCAGGAUAUUCAGAAAAAAAAUUUUGCAAACAGCUUGGUGAUGACAACCACCCUCAGCCACAAUCUAACCAAGCCAUUCAGGAUUUCCAUGACUUUUAAAAGCAACCAUCGCUCAGGAGGGAGUCCCCAGUGUGUCUUCUGGAACUUCAGUCUCGCCAACUCCACUGGCGGGUGGGAUAGCAGUGGGUGCCGGGUGAAAGAAGUCAAAGGGGACAGUGUGUCCUGUACCUGUGACCACCUGACAUCGUUCUCCAUCCUCAUGUCCCCUGACUCCCCAGACCCUGGUUCUCUCCUGAAAAUACUAUUAGAUAUCAUCUCUUACAUUGGGCUGGGCUUUUCCAUCUUGAGCUUAGCGGCCUGUCUGGUUGUGGAAGCUAUGGUGUGGAAAUCGGUGACCAAGAACCGGACUUCCUACAUGCGCCACACCUGCAUAGUGAACAUCGCCACCUCCCUACUCAUUGCUGACACCUGGUUUAUUGUGGCCGCUGCCAUCCACGACCAUCACUACCCACUGAGCGAGACGGCCUGUGUGGCUGCCACCUUCUUUAUCCACUUCUUCUACCUCAGUGUCUUCUUCUGGAUGCUGACACUAGGCCUCAUGCUCUUCUAUCGCCUGGUUUUCAUUCUGCAUGAUGCCAGCAAGUCCGUUCAGAAGGCUAUUGCCUUUUCUCUAGGCUAUGGCUGCCCCCUGGUCAUCUCAGUCAUCACCGUGGGGGCUACCCAGCCUCAGGAAGUCUAUACGAGGAAGAAUGCCUGUUGGCUCAACUGGGACGACACCAAGGCCCUGCUGGCCUUUGUAAUCCCAGCACUGAUCAUUGUGGUGGUGAACGUGACCAUCACAGUUGUGGUCAUCACCAAGAUCCUGAGGCCUUCCAUUGGAGACAAGCCAAGCAAACAGGAGAGGAGCAGCCUGUUCCAGAUCAGCAAGAGCAUUGGUGUCCUCACGCCACUCUUAGGGCUCACUUGGGGUUUUGGUCUUGCCACUGUGUUCCAGGGGAGCAAUGCCGUCUUCCAUAUCAUAUUUACCCUCCUCAAUGCCUUCCAGGGAUUAUUCAUUUUACUCUUUGGAUGCCUCUGGGAUCAGAAGGUACAGGAAUCUUUGCUGAACAAGUUUUCAUUGUCAAGGUGGUCUUCUCAGCACUCAAAGUCAACAUCCAUAGGUUCAUCUACACCUGUGUUUUCUAUGAGUUCUCCAAUAUCAAGAAGAUUUAACAACCUUUUUGGUAAAACAGGAACGUACAAUGUCUCCACCCCAGAAACAACCAGCUCCUCCCUGGAAAACUCAUCCAGUGCUUAUUCAUUGCUCAACUAAGAACAGAAAAAUCCAACCCACACGACCUCUUGGAACUGGUGGACGUGAUCUGAGCAAGAGACCCUUUUAAAGCUAUGGGUGAAGUGUUCUCUCUGCAGGCUUCUGGGAGCAGAUGCUGAAGAGUCUUUUCCACUAGAAAAGAACCUUUCUUUUGUAAAGACAGAUAAAAGUAAUGGUUAUGUUUAUUUUUGCUCCCCACCCCCAUCCCUUGUGUGAUGUCAGGUGUGUAUAGUAUUUAAGUGAAACUCAAAUCCCUCAGGCCCAACUUCUCUGUCUAUAUUGUAAAAUAGAAUUUUGUAGAGACAUUUUCACUUUUUGCUAUUGGCUACAAAGAUAAGCUUUGACUGAAAUAAUAGGAAGGAAGCUAGUACCAAGGAAAUACUUCAUCAAAUUCUAGGAAGGAAGGAAGGAAGGGAGGGAGGGA